CUUCUUCAUCUUCAUCUUCAUCUUAUUCAUUGUUUGUGAGUUUUUGCAGAAGAAAAUAGGAGUUAUUAGGGUUUGUUUCUGCAGAUUUUGGUGUUCUUCAGCAAAAUAGGUAUGUUGUACUCCUAAACCCUCUUUCAAUUUGGAUUGAAUCUUGUUUUUUUAGCUUGAUUUCCUCUGGGUUUUUGCCAUAAAUGAAAUCUUGAUCUUGGGUUUUGUGUUCUUGUUUCAAUUUUAACUGAAACUUAUGAUUUCCCCCAAUUUAAUGAUAUCAAAUGCCAUUGUUUCUAAAGAGAAUAAUGAUUUCCAUUUGUUUGAUACUUAAAGACUGAUUACCCAAUUCAUCUGAGGCUUUCUUGUAACUAGUUUUAUGGAUUUCUGGAAAAUUUGUUUCCCUAAAAAGGGUAACUUGAAUAAAAAAGUAAUAGUAGGUAUAUGCCAUUUUUGUACAGCAGAAAUCACUGAUCUUUCCCUUGGGUGUUUGCUGUUUUCUUGCAUUUAUGCUGCAAUUCAACUAAAUAUGAUCCAAUAUUUCAAUAUCUUCAACACUCCAAUUGAUUCAGUUUUGGUUUCAUUUGAUGCCUUGAAAACAUGAUGUUGGGAUUCAAUCAUAUUCGUAUAUCUGUUCGCAGUUACGUUUAUAUCGUGUGAAUUUAAGGAAAGAAUCGAUUGGUGGCAUAGUUCUGUGGGGAGGAAAUUGGACAUGAGUAUGCUGGUGGGGACAUGCUCCAUCCAAGGGGAACGGAUUUAGCCGGUUUGGUUCUGGUGUUCGUUGUGCUACCGCUUGUUGCUUAUAUCUUGUUAGGAAAAUGGAGUGAGGUUUCGAAGAAGAAAGACAGGGUACGGGUUCUUGCUGAGAUUGCUGCGGAAGAAUCUUUUCGUGCUGAGGCUAUGGCUGCUGUUGCUACUGUUGUCCCUCUUGCAUCUCUGCCAAAAUCGAACAGUGGAUUUCAUGAAUGUGCAAGAUGCUUUAGUCUAGCCACCACUCGAUGUUCACGCUGCAAAACUGUACGAUACUGUUCUGGGAAGUGUCAGAUAAUUCAUUGGAGGCAAGUUCACAAACUAGAAUGCCAACCGUUGGAGCACAACAGCAAUUGCCCGUCUCCUAAGUCUGCGUCAAAUGAAGAAUUUGUAUCCGUCCAUGAACAAGUAUCGUUGAGUAAGAACUUGGAUUCGGGGUGCUUACAGUCCAAUAUCGAGCAAAAUGGGCAUGAAAAUGCUGCUUUUGAUGAUUCACCCAAUUCAUCUUCUGGGGUCGUUUUGGAAAGAAGAACCUCAGAUAAACACAAUCGUCGCAAAUUUAACCGGGAAAUUUCGAGAAGAGAAGAGAUUUCUGCAUUGGAUUCAUCGGCAGAUACCUGUUCUACGUCAUAUGAUAAUAAGGAAACUUUCAUCAGACAUAAGCCCAAGCGGGGUCAUUUUGUGCUCGUGAAAGAAGUGAUUCCGGAGAAAAAUAACACUGAUAAUGCGACACACGAGGGUCUAACAGCAAACAGUCCACAUGACUUGGUAACAUCGACUCAAAAUGGUACAAAAUCAUUAGAAAUGGAAACGGAGUUGAUGGAUGGAUGGAGCAAUUCAAGUCACGAAACUUGCGAGAAAGGCCCGCCAAAGAAAAGUAAUUUGGUGAAAUCAAGAUCGCAUUCUUCUGGAAGCAAAGUGCAUAAAUUCGCAAAAUCAACCGAAGUGUCAAAAGAUCAAACAUGCUUAGGAACAGAAAAUAUGGGAGAAAUUGAUGACAAGCUGGAUAUUCUGCGAAUGAGGCAUGCCAAAGGAAACGGCAUCAUUAGCAAGGGAUUUAUGAAGAUGAUUGGUCUAAAGAAGUCAUCGAAGCAUGACCAAGUGGAAACUUCAGAAGUUAAUGGUGACACGCAUAAGAAAACCAAAAUGCUAUUUCCAUAUGAAGAAUUUUUGAAGUACUUCAAGUACGAAGCUUUUGACUUCUCACCAAGGGGCCUUGUAAAUUGUGGAAACAGCUGCUAUGCAAAUGCUGUGGUGCAGUGCUUGAUGUCUACAAAGCCUCUGACUAUCUAUUUGCUCCAUAGAUCACAUUCAAGAACAUGUUGUGCAAAAUCUUGGUGCCUGAUGUGUGAACUUGAGCAUCAUGUAAUGAUGUUACGCGAAAGUGGAGAGCCGUUGUCUCUGAGCGGCAUUCUUUUGCAUAUGCGGAGUGUUAAUUACCAAAUUGGAGGAGGUAGCCAGGAAGAUGCUCAUGAAUUUUUAAGGGUUUUGAUCACCUCGAUGCAAUCUAUAUGUUUGGAGAGUUUGGGUGGGGAAGACGUUGUUGCUCCUAAAUUGCAAGAGACAACCUUUAUUCAACAUACUUUUGGAGGUCAACUCCGGUCAAAGGUCAAAUGUCUGAGAUGUCAUCACGAAUCGGAUAGAUACGAAAACAUUAUGGACCUUAACCUCGAGAUAUAUGGCUGGGUCGAGUCGCUAGAAGACGCACUUACCCAAUUCACAAGCGUGGAAGAUUUGGAUGGAGAAAACAUGUAUAGAUGUGGAAGGUGUGCUGCUUAUGUUCGAGCACGGAAGCAAUUGGCAAUACACGAGGCUCCGAAUAUAUUGACAAUUGUAUUGAAGAGAUUCCAGGAAGGGAAUUAUGGGAAGCUAAAUAAGUGUAUCACGUAUCCUGACAUGUUGGACAUGAUCCCAUAUAUGACGGGAAAAGAUGACAUUCCUCCGUUAUACUUGCUUUAUGGUGUCGUCGUGCACUUAGACACGAUGAAUGCAUCUUUUUCUGGUCAUUAUAUAUCGUACGUGAAAGAUCUUCAAGGAAAUUGGUCCAGGAUAGAUGAUGCCCAGGUUUACCAAGUCCCCUUGAGCCAGGUGAUGUCAGAAGGUGCAUACAUACUGUUUUACAUGAGAUCAUCCCCUCGACCGCCAAGAAGUUCCACCGGAAAACCCUCUAACCACCAAGCCUCCACCUUCACAAAGUCGAAACCACCAAAAUCAACCUUGGAUCGCCGCCAAGAACCAACCAGUUUCUACGGAAACAGGCACAACUACACAAAACCACCAAACCUUGAUUUCUCGGAUGCCACAUCAAGCGAUUGGUCGAUAUUAUCAAACUCAGAUGACGCAUCUUUCACCACCGAGAGCACCCGUGACUCAUUUAGCACCAUUGAUUACACUGACAAUAACACCGAUCCAGUUUCUUCGAUCUUUAACACAACCCUUUACACUCCUCAUGAUUACCUUUCUCGUAAUACAAUCUCGUGUAGCAGGUUUUCGACAAGUACGGCCCACAUGAGAUUCAUGAAGGACGAACAAACGUCGGUCUUGAAAUCGUAUAGAUUACAUAACACAGAAAAGGCUUAUUGUUAUCCAAAUGAAGCUUUUGGUUCCAAUAGCAGGAGUUUAUACAUAGAUGGUAUGUAAGUAGAAGUGGUUUAAAUUUGUUUGAAAGAUUUUGGAAUAUAGGGGUAGGAAUUGGUGCCUCAAAAUUUUCCAAUUGUAUUGUAAAUGAGGCCCCUUGAAUUUAUAUAGGUAUUGUCUUUUGAUUAACAUUCUCGACCAUCAAAAUGGAUUGCUGGUAAGUUGUUUUUAUCUG